UUUUUGUAGAAAGUCUCAAAAUCAAAAUCUCAAAACCUCAAUAGUAACAUGAUGGUAGUUUAUCCAUCUUUCCCUCAACUAUCAAAAAAGAGAAGAACUUCCGAUUUUCCUUCAAAGACAAAGAUUACAGAGAUGACUCAAAAAUUUGGCAGAGAGAUUAGUGUUUUUGAAACUUUUUCAAUUUCUCCAAUUCAACAUCAUGCACCACACCAAGCUAAUAAACUUGUUGGUAUUCUGGAAGAAGACGAGACUGACGAGUUCUAUGACUUCACUGCUGCCGAUUAUUACAAACUCAUGAGUACUAAAAAAGAAGAUAAAUAUCUGAAGACUCGGAAACUCCGCGAAGCAGACGAGGCAGCUCGCAGGUCGAAAAUAACAAAGGCUGUAAUUAGAGUUCGCUUCCCGGAUAACCAUACAUUGGAAGCCACAUUUCAUCCAUCUGAAACAAUCCAAAGCUUAAUCGAUCUUCUUAACAAUGUGAUUGCACAACCACAUAAGCCCUUUUAUUUAUAUACUACUCCGCCCAAGAAUCUGAUUAAAGACGUUUCUCAGGAUUUCUAUACUGCCGGAUUUUGUCCUGGCGCCAUUGUGUACUUUUCGUAUGAUGUUUCAAAAGGUGAUAGCAAUGGAGAUUGCCCUUACCUACUAGAAGAAGUGAUGUCUUUGAAGAAUGCUUGUGAUCAAGGUCAGCCAUCAGAGUCAUUACAGUUUGAACGGAUGUCUAUUGAGCCUGUCGCGCGAGCUCCUUCCGUUGAAGAACGAAAACCUGCUGAGAAAAAGAUUGUUAAGCCAAAGUGGUUGAGAAUGUGAUAUCAAUUGGCGAAAUAGUUAAGUUUAGUGGUUAAUUGAUGGAGAGAACUUGUUCUGUGCAUGAAUGUAUGUUUCUUCAAAGUCAUUCGUUUUGUUCAUUUUAUCCUUAUGGCUAAUCUUAAUUGACUUAUGGAUCUUAACUUUGUGUAUAAUAAAGAUUGCAGUAAAGUUUAGUUAUUUUCUCUUUUAAA